ACAUGCAGCCCUACUCACACACAGCCCUGCAGGUUGGCAGGUCAGGGGAAGGAGAGGCAUUGUAAAAGUAUCUCUCGGGGUAACUAGUAGGCUUCAACCUGAGUGGCUGACUUAAUGACUGAGUGAGAGAACGACAGAGGAGGAGUGGACUCUUUUUUUCCCUCUUUCUGCAGAAUUCCUCCAGUCACUCCUGGCUGGCGAUGGGAAUUGGAAGAGCUUUCCUGUGAUUCAGAAUACAGAGACACAGCAUUCAGGACACUCUUGUGUCUGACGCUCUGGGAAAAUUUACAAGGGAGUUUAUUUCGGAAGUUGGAGCAGAGUUUUUGGACGUUUUGGGUAUAGUGAAUUGCGUGAAGUUAGAGUGUAUUUUUGGAAGUUGGAGAAGAGUUUUGGGACGCUUUGAUAAGAGGGACACUGAGUGAGUGGAAUUGAAGUGUACUUGGGAUAGUGUGAUAGUUGCACUGGCUUGGUCCUGGGUUUUUGGAAGGACCAUGGCAGGGGCAGGCAUUACCAGGAAGGGUUCUGGGAGACCCUCGUACUACUACAGGUUUCUGGGCCGCACUCGUCUCCAACGGCAACGCAGCAGGUCCCGCAGCCGCACCAGACCAGCAGCCAGCAGGGAGUCGCCCCCGGAGCGAACGGGCCGCCGACGGAGCAUGCCUGGUGGUGCGCCGGACAAGAUCACCCACACCAUGGAACCUGCCGCAGCAGCCACGCCCUUCAGAGUCACCGGCUUUCUGAGUCGGAGGCUGAAGGGUUCUAUAAAGCGUACUAAGAGCCAGCCCAAACUGGACCGUAACUCCAGCUUCAGACACAUCCUGCCUGGCUUCAGGAGUGUGGACAAUGAGAGAUCUCAUCUGAUGCCGAGGCUGAAGGAGUCUCGCAGCCACGAGUCGUUGCUCAGCCCCGGUAGUGCUGUGGAGGCCGUGGACCUCAGCAUGGAGGAUGAGGUGCUCAUCAAACCUGUUCACAGCUCCAUCCUCGGACAGGACUACUGCUUCGAGGUCACCACUUCAACGGGAACGAAAUGUUUCUCCUGUCGAUCGUCAGCCGAAAGGGACAAGUGGAUGGAGAACCUGAGGAGGGCCGUCCACCCCAACAAGGACAACAGCAGGCGGGUGGAGAACAUGCUGAAGCUGUGGAUCAUCGAAGCCAAGGACCUUCCUGCCAAGAAGAAGUACUUCUGCGAGCUGUGUCUGGACGACGCCCUGUACGCCCGCACCACCUGCAAGCUCAAGACCGACAACGUCUUCUGGGGCGAGCACUUUGAGUUCAACAACCUCCCGGCCGUCAAAAGCAUCACGGCCCACCUCUACAAGGACUCGGACAAGAAGAAGAAGAAAGACAAGAACAACUACGUUGGACUGGUCAACAUCCCCGUUGCCGCGGUGACGGGGAGGCAGUUUAUGGAAAAGUGGUACUCUGUGAGCACGCCGACGCCCAAUAAGGGUAAGACGCCGGGGCCCAUGAUCCGGAUCAAGGCCUGCUACCAGAGCAUGAACAUCCUGCCUAUGGAGAUGUAUAAGGAGUUUGCAGAGUACACCACCAAUAACUACAUGUUGCUGUGCUCCGUGCUGGAGCCUGGCAUCAGUGUGAAGAACAAGGAGGAGAUGGCUUCUGCCCUGGUCCACAUUCUACAGAGCACCGGCAAGGCCAAGGACUUCCUGACUGACCUGAUGAUGUCAGAGGUGGACCGGUGUGGGGAGAACGAGCACCUGAUCUUCCGAGAGAACACCCUGGCCACCAAGGCUAUAGAGGAGUACCUCAAACUGGUGGGGCAGAAGUACCUGCAGGACGCACUUGGUGAGUUUAUCAAGGCGCUGUAUGAGUCAGAUGAGAACUGUGAGGUGGACCCGUCCAAGUGUUCGUCAAAUGACCUGCAGGAGCACCAGAGCAACCUGAAGAUGUGCUGCGAGCUGGCCUUCUGCAAGAUCAUCAACUCCUACUGUGUGUUUCCACGGGAACUGAAGGAGGUGUUUGCGUCGUGGCGACAGGAGUGCAGUAGCCGGGGCCGACCGGACAUCAGCGAGCGGCUGAUCAGUGCGUCUCUGUUCCUGCGCUUCCUGUGCCCGGCCGUUAUGUCCCCGUCGCUCUUCAACCUGAUGCAGGAGUACCCUGACGACCGCACCGCACGCACACUCACGCUCAUCGCCAAGGUCACCCAGAACCUGGCCAACUUCACUAAGUUUGGCAGUAAGGAGGAGUACAUGUCCUUUAUGAACCAGUUCCUGGAGCACGAGUGGACUAACAUGCAGCGCUUCCUGCUGGAGAUCUCCAACCCAGAGACCAUCUCUAACACUGCAGGGUUCGAAGGUUACAUCGACCUGGGACGGGAGCUGUCCACCCUGCACAACCUGCUGUCAGAGGUCGUCUCUACCAUGGACCAGACCUCCGCCUCCAAACUGGGACCUCUACCCAGGAUCCUCCGGGAGGUGAACACAGCGCUGACCAAUCCGUCCAGUAUGACCAUGACCAUGACCGCUCCGUCCCCCUCUGACCGCACAGGGUCUCCGCCCAACACCGGGGCAGGCUGCAGCAUCUCCACCGGCCUGCAGAAGAUGGUCAUCGACAAUGACCUCUCAGGGUUGGUGGACUUCACCAGGUUACCCUCCCCGACCCCGGAGAACAAGGAUCUUUUCUUCGUCACCAGGAAUUCUGGGAUCCACCCCUCCCCGGCCCGCAGCUCUAGCUACUCCGAGUCCAAUGAACCCGAGCUGGGCAUGGCCAACGGCAGCAAAAGCCUGUCCAUGGUGGACCUCCAGGACCCCCGCAUCUUAGAGGGCGGCCCCUCAGACGGACUGGGAGAGGGCAUCGUUCCUGGGGGAGUGUGGUCGGCCCGGACCCCCCAGGGUAACAUCAUUGGAGGUCCUACACUGAGGAGGCCGGUCCAGACCCCCACCACCCCUGGGUCGGAGAGUGCCCCAGGCAGGCCGGCUCAGCUUCUGGCCCCCCUGUCCUUCCAGAACCCCGUCUACCAGAUGGCGGCAGGGCUGCCAGUGUCACCGCGAGGCAUGGCCGACUCAGGCUCCGAGUGCCACAGCUCCCACAGUUCCCAUAGCAACAAUGAGGACGGGCUGGGAGGAGGAGGGAAACACAACACCUUCCUGAACCACGGAGGAGGAGGUGGUGGUGGGGGGAGUAGCGGGGAGGAGUAUGCACGUCGUUCGGGGGAGUUUGUAGGCACGCGGAGGCAGCUGUCACUCACAGAGGCCCAGCCCACCAUGCCCAGACAAAACAUCGCCGGCCCCCAGCGCAGGAUAGACCAGCCCCCUCCGCAGACCACCGUCACCAGGGGCCGCACGCCGCCGAACCUGCUCAACAGCGGGCCCUACCCGCGCCCCUCCAGCGGCAGCAUGAUGUCAUCGUCGCCCGACUGGCCCGGCAGUGGUGCGCGGCUACGGCAACAGUCGUCGUCAUCAAAAGGAGACAGCCCCGAGACCAAGCAGAGAGCCCAGCACAAACAGGCCCCCUCCCCAAUGAACCCCAAUGCGCUGGACCGUACGGCUGCCUGGCUGUUGAAUAUGAAUGUGCAGUAUGUAGACCAUGAGGGGAUGGACCCCGAGUUCAGAAACAGAGAGGAUCUCACUCUGGCCGAGAAGUACCAGCAGGAGAUCGUGGUCCUCCAGGAGAAGCUGCGUGUGUCGGUCCAGAAGCUGGAGGAGUACGAGGCUCGUCUGAAGGGCCAGGAUGACGGAGGUCCGAAGGUUCUAAUGGAGUACCAGGCACGGCUGGAGGAGUCUGAGGAACGCCUGAGGCGACAGCAGGACGACAAGGACCUCCAGAUGAAGGGUAUUAUCAGCAGGCUGAUGUCUGUGGAAGAGGAGCUGAAGAAAGACCAUAGUGAUAUGCAGGCUGCGGUCGACUCCAAACAGAAGGUCAUUGAUGCACAGGAGAAGCGUAUCGCGUCUCUUGACGCAGCCAACGCCCGUCUGAUGAGUGCCCUGACCCAGCUGAAGGAGCGCUACAGCAUGCAGACCCGUAACGGCAUCUCCCCGACCAAUCCCACCAAGCUCCAGAUCACUGAGAACGGAGAGUUCAGGAACAGCAGCAACUGCUAGAGAGAGUCUGAUAGAGAGUGUAUGUGUGUGUGUGUUGGCUGGUGCUUGUAAAGGACACUUCCUUAUAUGGACACUAAACGGGGGUUAGUCUGAGUGAGGAGACCACUGUGAGGGGCCAAGCAGCGAGGAGGCAGGACUUCAGUUUGACAGACAGCUGACCAAGUCAGUGACAGCGAAUCAUUGGACAGAGCUGAACACCAGUGGGCCCUGCAGAGGAGGAGGCGGGACAAGCUGUAGAUAUGAACUGAACUCUCCAUUAAUCAACCGAUUUGGAUGUUUCCAUUGGAUGUAUGCAGUUGCUGGGACAAUUUCAGACUCUCUUCCCUAUAAAGCUUUGGACAAAUCACUAUAAUCAACACAAUGUCUGUCAGAUGGAAUCAAUCCUGUCAGAUGGUCACCCAAUCCUCUCUCUUCCCCUCUCCUCUGUUUUCCUCUCCUUUCCUGGCCUCCUCUCUUCUCCUCUCUUCUCUGUUACGAUCAGGUCAUGUGGACCAUGUACAAAACAAAACAAUAAUAAUAACAGAAAAAUAAUUUAUAGUAGUGUUAAAUCUCAAAGAAAAGUAUUUUUGUCCAAUGGCUUAUUUAGAUCUUAUAAUAGGAGCUUUGAAAUAUUUUUUGUCCAGACUGAUAUUUCUUUUUAAGUCCUUUUGUGUUCCAAAGUGCCCCGCAACCCCGAACAAUAAUAAUACUUUUUGAGGGAAUUUUAGUUUGUCGUCAAAAAGACUGUAAAAUCACUAUGAAAUCAGCAAAAGAUGUGUUUAAUUUAGGAAAUCUGUUCCUAAGUAUUCCCAAGAAUUAAAAAAAAAAGAGACAUACAGUGCCUUCGGAAAGUAUUCAGACCCCUUGACUUUUUCCACGUUACGUUACAGACUUUAAAAUCCUGAGCACACGAUAUCCCAUAAUGACAAAGUGAAAACAGUUUUUUAGAAAUGUUUGCAAAUGUAUUAAAAAAUAAAAACAGAAAUACCUUAUUUACAUAAGCAUUCAGACCCUUUGCUAUGAGACUUGAAAUUGAGCUCAGGUGCAACCGGUUUCCAUUGACUAUCUUUGAAAUGUUUCUACAACAUGAUUGGAGUCCACCUGUGGUAAAUUCAAUUGAUUGGACAUGAUUUAGAAAGGCACACACCUGACUAUAUCAAGUCCCACAGUUGACAGUGCAUGUCAGAACAAAAAACAAGCAAUGAUGUCAAAGUAAUUGUUCGUAGACCCCCGACACAGAUCUGGGGAAAGGUAACAAAAAAAAUUCUGCAGCAUUGAAGAUCCCCAGGAACACAGUGGUCUCCACCAUUCUUAAAUGGAAGAAAUGUGGAAACACCAAGACUCUUCCUAGAGCUGGCCGCCCGGCCAAACUGAGCCAUCGGAGGAGAAGGGCCUUGGUCAGGGAGGUGACCAAGAACCCGGUGGUCACUCUGGCAGAGCUCCAGAAUUCUGUGGAGAUGAAAUAACCCACCAGAAGGACAACCAUCUCUGCAGCACUCCACCAAUCAGGCCUGUAUGGUAAGAGUGGCCAGAUGGAAGACACUCCUCAGUAAAAGGCACAUGACAGCCUGCUUGGAGUUUGCCAAAAGGCACCUAAAGACCCCUCCCCCCAACCAUGAGAAACAAGAUUCUCUGGUCUGAUGAAACCAGGAUUGAACCCUUUGGCCUUAAUGCCAAGCGCCACGUCUGGAGGAAACCUGGCACCAUCCGGAUGGAGCAAAGUAGAGAGAGAUCCUUGAUCCUCUCCAGAGCGCUCAGGACAGACUGGGGCGAAGGUUCACCCUUCAACGGGACAAUGACCCUAAGCACACAGCCAAGACAACGCAGGAGUGGCUUCGGGACAAGUCUCUGAAUGUCCUUGAGUGGCCCAGCCAGAGCCCAGACUUAAACCCAAUCAAACAUCUCUGGAGAGACCUGAAAAUAGCUGUGCAGCGACGAUCCCCAUCCAACCUGACAAAGCUUGAGAGGAUCUGCAGAGAAGAAUGCGAGAAACUCCCCAAUUACAGGUGUGCCAAGCUUGUAGCGUCAUACCCAAGGACACUCGAUGCUGCAAUUGCUGCCAAAGGUGCUUCAACAAAGUAAAGGGUAUGAAUACUUAUGUAAAUGUGAUAUUUAAUGGUUUUAUUUUUUUAUUAGCAAACAUUUCUAAACACCUGUUUUUGCUUUGUCAUUAUGGGGUAUUGUGUGUAGAUUGAUGGGGGGGGGCGAUUUAAUCAAUUUUAGAAUAAGGUUGUAACGUUACAAAAUGUGGAAAAAGUGGGGUAAAAAAGGGGUGUAAAUACUUAGCGAAGGCACUGUAUGUGACCGUGUCUUAAUGUAAUCAAGGUAUUGAAAUGUAUCAUUAUUUUCAAAUACAAUCUUCUUUUGGGCUUAGUUGUGGUCAAUUUGCAGUGUACAAAUUAUCAUAGCAAUGUUCCGGUCCCCAACCAUCCGCUCUGUCAAAAAUAGUCUCGCAGCAGAAUCGAGUUGCCUACUACUGCCCUACCCCCGGGCUGUUCAGUGUCAGUCCUAGAGGGCCGUACCCCCGGGCUGUUCAGUGUCAGUCCUGGAGGGCCGUACCCCCGGGCUGUUCAGUGUCAGUCCUGGAGGGCCGUACCCCCGGGCUGUUCAGUGUCAGUCCUGGAGGGCCGUACCCCCGGGCUGUUCAGUGUCAGUCCUGGAGGGCCGUACCCCCGGGCUGUUCAGUGUCAGUCCUGGAGGGCCGUACCCCCGGGCUGUUCAGUGUCAGUCCUAGAGGGCCGUACCCCCGGGCUGUUCAGUGUCAGUCCUAGAGGGCCGUACCCCCGGGCUGUUCAGUGUCAGUCCUAGAGGGCCGUACCCCCGGGCUGUUCAGUGUCAGUCCUAGAGGGCCGUACCCCCGGGCUGUUCAGUGUCAGUCCUGGAGGGCCGUACCCCCGGGCUGUUCAGUGUCAGUCCUGGAGGGCCGUACCCCCGGGCUGUUCAGUGUCAGUCCUAGAGGGCCGUACCCCCGGGCUGUUCAGUGUCAGUCCUGGAGGGCCGUACCCCCGGGCUGUUCAGUGUCAGUCCUGGAGGGCCGUACCCCCGGGCUGUUCAGUGUCAGUCCUAGAGGGCCGUACCCCGGGCUGUUCAGUGUCAGUCCUAG